UCUUUUACUUCAUGUGUGAUGGAGGCUCUUGAUGGUGCUCCAGCAGGAUAAGAAGUGAGCAUCAAGUGGAUCUGUAGUUGACAACAGAUGAGUCGCAACAGGCAGCAGCAGCAGAAGCAGAGAGAUCCGUGUGUGACAAGACUUCAACACAGACGAGCAGGAUGAUUUCCUGUCCCGAUUAUGGAUUUAAUUCGUUAUCAUAAUUUUGAAUUACUUGCAUGGACAUUUCUCGUCUUACCACUGGUUGUGAUAGAUGGUGCAUCCACUGACAGGCUGCCCUCACCAGUAGACCAGUGUUCUCCAAACCCGUGCCAAAACAGGGCGAUAUGCAGAAUACGCGGGGACGGCUACUCGUGCUUCUGCGUGCCGGGGUUCCAGGGUGCUCACUGUCAGAUUGAUGUGAAUGAGUGUGUGUCGCAGCCCUGCAAGAACGGAGCUACCUGUGUGGACAGAGUGGGCAGGUUCUCCUGUCUGUGUUCUCCUGGGUUCACUGGGGCCACUUGUGAGGUCCAGAUUGAUGAGUGUCAAUCACAGCCAUGUCUCAAUGGUGGCAGUUGCCAUGACUACGUUGGUGGCUUCACUUGCACCUGCCUGUCCGGUUUCCAAGGACACCGCUGCGAAAUCAACAUUGAUGAGUGCCAAGAGCAGCCAUGCCAAAAUGGGGCUCUGUGUAUAGAUGGGGUGAAUGACUACAGCUGUGACUGCUCUCACACAGCCUUCACUGGCAGACACUGUGAAACACCACUACCCCAAUGCCACUCUGAACCCUGCUUCAACAGCGCCAUCUGUGAGGACAACCAUGGUAACUACACCUGUGAAUGCUGGCCAGGGUUUGAGGGGCGUCAGUGUGAGAUUGACAUCAAUGAGUGCAGCAGCAACCCCUGCAUGCAUGGAGGCCGCUGCAUUGAGAGAUCGUGGCAGGCCAUGUAUGGCAGCGAGCCUCUGCUGCCUUUACUCUAUGACCAGCAGCAUGCUGCAGGCUACAUCUGCAGCUGUCCUCGAGGAACAACAGGUUCCCUCUGCCAGGAGGUGAUAAACCAGUGUGACCCCAGUCCCUGCCAGAAUGACGGCAGGUGUGAGAGUCGUGUUGGAGGCUAUAUUUGCCACUGCCUCAAGCAGAGUCGUAAUGGCUUCCUCUAUGGAGGUGUAAAUUGUGAUUUGAGGCUAGUGGGCUGUGAAGGACAUGAAUGCCAGAACCAGGGCUCCUGCUCUCCUUUCCUGUUGGAUGGGACUCACGGAUACACCUGUUCCUGCUCGCCUGGGUACACAGGACCCCUCUGUAAGACCCCCACCACCUUCUCCUUUGAACGCAGAGGCUACCUGCUGCUGCAGAGUCCCCUGGUAGAUGCGGAGGUGUCCUGCAACAUCACCCUCAGCUUCAAGACUGAUCUGGCCAGAGCGGUGCUGUUCCAGCGGAACAGCAGGGGGCUGCUGCUGAGCCUGGAGCUGGACGAAGGGAAGCUUCGCCUCACACUGAGGAAGGAGGCCUCGCCUGAUGCCGAAGCUGAAAGCCCCAGCCAGGUCCUGGAGCUUCCACACAAUGUCACAGAUGGAGAGUGGCAUUCUGUGGAGGCUAUGCUUGGAAACUGGGUGCUCAGUCUGAAACUCUUAGAUGAUGCUGGGAGCUGUGGGAGCCAGUCAUGCCACGAGGUGGCCCAGAUUCAAAGCACCGUGGCUGGGCUGGCGUCCCCUCCUCAGAACACUUUCAUUGGAGGAGUGCUUCAGGACUCAAAUAGCCCCCGUGAGGACUCUCCACUUCCAGCAUUCAUUGGCUGUAUGCGUGAUGUGUUUGUGGACUGGCAGCUGGUCGUCCCUGAGGAAUGGCUGAGCGACUCUGCUGUUAAUGUGUCCCCUGGCUGCAGCCACAGGGACCGCUGCCUGGAUGUGCCUUGCCAAAACAGAGGACAGUGUGUCAACCUGUGGCAGAGCUACCAGUGCCGAUGUCCAAGGCCUUAUGAGGGGCAGGACUGUGAGGAGGAACAUGUGACUGCACGCUUUGGGAGCGAGGACUCUCAGAGUUAUGCAACGUUCACUGUCACAGAUGAUCUGGGUCAUGACCUCUACAUCUCGCUCUUCCUGCGUACACGGAGGCAAAAUGGACUCCUCCUGGCGCUUGCCAACAGCAGCAGCCAGUACCUGCACAUGUGGCUGGAGGACGGCAAGGUCACGGUUCAGCUCAAUAACUACGACAGCCUGAAGGCGGAGAGUGCGAUUGAUGAUGGAGAAGUUCACUUUGUGAGUGUAGAGAUGGUGAAGGACCGUAUGACACUGUACAUAGCAGCUCAGAAACAGGGUGAUGUGGAAGUCACAACAGUCAGUGUCCAAGCAGGAGAUACCGUGCAUGUGGGAGGUCUGUUGGAGAGUAGGAGGACUUCAAUGUUUGGUGGAUAUUUUAAAGGCUGUAUCCAGGACCUGAGGAUCAAUGACAGGAGGCUGCUGUUCUUUGGGUUGGACGCCUCAGUGACAUCUUAUCCUCUGGAGCUCAUGGAAAAUGUGACUGCUGGAUGCUCUGGGGACAACGCCUGCAGUAGGAACCCUUGUCUAAAUGGAGGCAUGUGCUACUCCAUGUGGGAUGACUUUACUUGCACCUGCCCUCCCAAGACAGCAGGGCGGCGCUGUGAAGAGGUCAGGUGGUGUGAACUGUCACCUUGCCCUACAGACACAGAGUGCAGAAUGCUGAACCAGGGAUAUGAAUGCUACUCCAAUGCAACCUUCCUGAAUGAGAGCACUGUGUUGUCCUACCGGGGAAACGGCCACAUAUCCCGCAAUCUAACUAACCUCUCACUAAACCUACGUACACGAAAGCAUAAUGCAGCUAUACUCCACGCAGAGAAGGACUCAGCAUUCAUCACACUCUCUGUCCAGGAUGGGUUCCUCUUCAUGGAGCUUCAAAGCACCACUGAAGAGGACAGAGCCGAGGAGCAGGAGGGAGAGCAGGGUGUGUCUACAGUCAGUCUCAGCAGCAGGACGAGUGUUAGUGAUGGUGAGUGGCACAGCGUCCACCUGUUCAUGUCAGCGCCAUGGGCACAAACCUCCCGGUGGACUCUGGUGCUGGAUGAAGAAAUAGAGGAAGCCAGCACUUCCAUGCGCCAAGGAGGCAAUCUGGACUUCCUCAGGCAGGGGGUGGACAUCUUCUUAGGGGGCCUGGCCCCUGAUGCUGGGUGGUCCCUGGCUGGUUGCCUUGGCACAGUAGAGCUGGGUGGCAUUGCCCUGCCUUACCUCAGUUCCUCUGAUGUGAACCUCCCACGCCUACAGGAGGAGCAGUUCAUCCAGACAUCACUGCAUACUCCGCUCCUUGGCUGCGGUGGGGCCCCCAUGUGUGAACCCAACCCCUGCCUGAAUGGAGGGGAGUGCCAAGACCUCUUCAACACCUACAACUGCAGCUGUGUCCAGGGCUGGGCCGGAAGACGCUGCGACUUCUUCACUGACACCUGCGCUUCCAGUCCAUGUGUUCACGGCAACUGCAGCGUGAACGGGCUGACCUACCAGUGCACCUGUGAGUUUGGCUACGCAGGUAUCGACUGUGAUGAGGAGGUGGAUGUGUGUGAAAACCACCUGUGUGCCCAUGGGGGCACCUGUCUGCACGGGCCGGACAGGUACGCCUGCCUCUGCACUGAGAACUACACUGGACCCCUCUGCAAUGAAGGCAUUGAAGAAAUUCCGUGGUACAUUUCUACCAGAAAUGUGAGGCCUAAGCUGCCUGUUUCAGUGUGCGGUGAUGACACUAGAAACUACACCUGCUUCAAUGGAGGAAAUUGCACUGACCGAGAGCUGUCUUGUGACUGUCCAUCAGGCUUCACUGGACACCGGUGUGAACAGGAGGUGGACGAGUGCAAGUCCAACCCCUGUCUGAACGGAGGCUACUGUCGCAACCUCGUCAAUAGAUUUGUCUGCAUGUGCGACAUGAGCUACGCCGGAGACACGUGCCAGACGGACUUGACCGCUGAGGGUUUGACCUCUGACCUUUUGCUGUCCGUCAGUCUGGUGUCGGUUAUCCUGCUGCUGGUUCUCAUCCUCACCUCCGUCGGCCUGGUGGUGGCGCUAAAUCGGCGCGCCACACAUGGCACCUACAGUCCCAGCCGACAGGAGAAGGAGGGAUCACGGGUUGAGAUGUGGAGUAUCACCCAGCCGCCACCUAUGGAGAGACUUAUAUGAGAUGCAGGCGGACACUGUGUUUACAUGCAGGAGGGGGAUGUUGUUAUUGUAGCAAUAAAGGAGCGAAUGCCAGAAAUACGCCUGAUAACAGAUACAUAACUUGGACUGAAGCAUUGUGAGUGAAGAGACUGCUGAACUCUGUAGAAGAAUAUCUGCAGCCUGCAUGUAAACACAGUCUUCCCCUCACAGUAGCUCCGCUUUAAAUUACAGCUGUCGCUUUUCAUUUGCAUAUGCACAUGCUGUAUGAGCUCUUGUGACACCCUUUUUGUAUAAUUGCAUAUCCCAGUGCUCCAUCCAUCUUCCUGCAAUGUUUUGCACCUGGCUUCAGCAUCCAGCAGUGCAUCCGUCUAAAUUUAAAAGAUUUGAGUUCAGAAUGUAUCGAGUCUGUCACAUCUUUGUGUCUGAUCCAUAUUAUUAGGAUUGAUGGACCAGUGAGCAAUCAGUAAGUAGUAAAACUGAUCAGUAUUUGGGACACAUUGUCUUAAAGCAUCAUCUGGAAACAGAUAAAUCCGUACAAAGCUCAGUCGUUUCCUGAAACAGCAGGGCAGUGUAGUUUUUAGCAAACAUGACUCAAACAGCAGUAUGUAGUGCAUUUAUUGGGGACUAUUUUCAGAGGUGGAUUAGUACACAUUUGGUAAGUAUUUACAGCAGCAGUGUUUGUGGGAUUGUUUCAAAUAAACCAGAAUCAUUGUAGGGUAGAAACAUGUCAAGUCAAGUGUCAGUUUUGGAUUCACAGACAAUACUUAUAACAGGAUCAAUUCAUUGUUGUUGUUUUUAUCUUUUAAUGGGAUUUGUUGACAAUAAGACUCAUCAUUUCAAUUGCUGAAGAAUGGAGUUUCAGCAAUUUAAUUGUAUUUAUUACAGGAAAAUGCCUUUCAAAUUCUUUGUGUGUUGUCUACACGUUGAGUGUUGCUGCAAGUAUUGAUUUAUUUUUCAUUUUCAGUGAACAUUCCCACUGGACUUUCCAUACUGUAGCUCCUUACUGACAGAAUAAUGUCCUCUAAGAGUCAGGUUUCAAGUUGCACUAGUAAAGAAUAGUUUUAGUUUCUUCUAAGUUGACUUAUAUGCUGUUAGAAACAAGAACUGUCUAUUGAAUGUGGUGUAAUUUCAAGUGUAUAUACUGUGAUGAUGAUUUUGUUUUUUGUUUAUUGCUGUGAACUUUAUUGCUACCUUCACUUGUUAGCAAUUGUACAUAGAGAAUGUGCUGGUUCAUUAAAGUGAUUUAUUUGUGUUAA